GGGAAUGAAACUUCUACACUUGGAUCUUCGACCAUCAACAGUGGUAAACUAAAGUGUUUGAAGGAGAUUUUUGCUUCUUUUCAUAUUGAAUACUUAGAUCUUCGAAAUCACUUUUCGGACGUUCGUCAGUUUCUCAUUGAUGGAGAAGGUUUGUUUAUUGAGUUCCUACUCCACCCUGACCUUUCUUGGGAGUUUGGAGGUCAACCAUUGCACCUAGUUUAUUUGUUUGAGAGGUUCUUAUAUAUGUUUUUGGAAAAAGAAGCUAAUUUUAAACUUUUGUUCUUCAAAAGUUUUGACAAGGUAUGGACAUCUGUUCCUUCUGUUGCACUUGCAAGACUGUUGCUGAUUGAACACUUUCAGAGAAAUACGAAUAUCACUAUUAUUGAUGAGUUUAUUGAUGUAUUUGAUCCUAUGUUUGAACAAUAUUUAAUUGAUGAAAGUCCAUCAUUCAUUCUUUCCUCAGAUCGGUCAUCAGAUUUGAUAAAGAAUCUGGAUGAGAUUUUUCUUAUUGGAAGACUAAAGUAUCUUUCUUUGGGUUGUAGUUAUGCUUUCAUUGAUGGCAUUGAGUUUGAUGUUCGAGAAGUAAAAGGGUACUUUUGUAAUUCUGAGACAAGACAUCAAAGACUAUAUAAACUGUAUGAGAGGAAAAUUUGUAAAGGCAGUUGUUUACAAAAUAUAUACAGAAAUUUGUUCUUAUCAACUUAUCAAACUCUACCUUUAGUCCCUGAACCUCUUCAAGAUUUAAACAACUUUGAUAACAAGGAUGUUAGGGUUUUACUAACCUGUCAGGCGCUUAGUAAUGUUAUGAAAAUUAAAUCAAAUAUGGUAUUCUUUAUUCAAGUGUAUGCUUUGCAUUUAGCUAUUCUUGUAACAUUACCUUUAAAGUAUCGUGCACAACCAUUACGUAAGUUUGACAGAAAGGAAGAAAAAGAGUUGCAGGAGUUUUGGAACCUUAUGUGUAGCUGUUUGAAAGACUGUUUGACAAAUCUUGUACCAUCAUCUUCAGGAAGUUUCUCUAAAGUCGGAGACUUGUUUGAUGGUCGACAUUUUGUUAACAUCUUUUACCUUUAUAAGAAAAAGAGGAAGUUACAACUGAAUGACAAAACAAUGUUGUUAUAUAUGGUAUUAGUUGAAGGGUUGAAGAUAGAUGAAGAUACACUACCUGUAAUGGGGAAGCAGAAUAUAAAAUCUUCUACGAAGGAAGAGUUGAGCAUUGUUGAAUCUAAGGGGCGAAAGAUGAAUGAUUUUAUUAUUAAUGUUUCUUCUAUUUUGAUGGAUCAGUAUGUUGGUGAUAUCAUGAGUUCUAGUAAUUUAUUGGUAAAAGACAUUAAUGACAAAUGGGUUAAAGAAAAUGUGCUUCAUGGUUAUGAUUUUGAUGAAAUCACUCAUUGGCACUGUAAAAGGUUGCUUUCUGAUGAUUAUAACAAAACUAAAAAUUCAUUUUUAGAAAUCCCUCCUACUGAUCUCUUUCUUAAAAAGAAAUGGUUAAAACAGAAACAAAUGUAUUAUCGUUUCAUGGAGUAUUACGGUGGUUCAUUAGAAGGACGAAGACAUCCUAAUUGUAAGGCAAUUGUUGUACAGGAUAAAGGCAAGAAGGCUUCUAAAAAAAAUAACAAAAUAUCUAAAGGUGCUGCAAGAAUAAUACAAAGUAAUAUAGAUAAGAAGCAGAAUGAAAUAAGGGAAAGAGAAAAAAAAAUUGUUGAUGAUAAUUUGGAGAACAUUAAUGAUUUAAAGAGAAACAAGGAUUAUAAAGGAGCAUUGUACUGUGUAAAACAGCUUCUGAGUAAAAUUGUAGAUCAAGUAAUUAAAAAGAAACUUUUGUUACUAAGUCUUCAAGUCUUAGUUGAUUUAAUGGAAGAAAAACUUAAAAAGUGUAAUACUAUGGAUCCUAAUGAUCUUGUAGUUUUUAUAGAAGAUCUUAAAGUGUUGCUCACAGAUCUUAGAAAAGAGCUUUCAGAUCAUGAUAAAAAGAAAAUAAGUAAGUACUGUUUCCAAGUAGGCUUAGAUGAAAUUAUUGAUAAAGAAGGACUUUUUGUAAACGAAAAAUAUCAAAAGAAAGAAAGUUUUGUAAGAUCUAUUGAAACAGUUAGGUUUCAGCUAGAGCACAUGGGAGCAUUACUUUCAAGAGAAUACAGGUACAGUUACGAGUACUUGACACGUGUCUGGGAUAAAAUGGUCAACUCUACGAUCAGGGUCAGUCCACAGUGUUUUGAGAUUCUACUUUUGGCUCCUCACAGACAAGAUUGGGCAAAGAAAAUUCGCUUUGUAAUAUUUGAUGAAAUUCAUUGUUUGGAUUCAGAACAUGCAGCUGAAGUCUGGGAACAUUUGAUCUUACUUAUCUGCUGUCCAUUCUUGGCACUCUCUGCAACAAUACGGAACCCAGAAGGCUUAUGUGCUUGGUUGCAGAAGAUAGAAGAUUACAAACAAAUUUGUGAUAAACGAAGUGGUAUGCUAAAACAUGGCCGUGAAUAUAAGGUUGCUCUCAUAACUUGUAAAGAAAGACAUGCUGAUCUCAUAAACUACCAAUAUAUUCCUGAAACUGAUUACUUGCAGAAUGUGCAUCCAGUAUCUCUCUUUAAAGUCAAGGAUCUGCAAAAUCUUCCACGUUUUCCUGAACAUGUAACUUUGUCUCCUAUUGAAGUUCUGCAGCUUUAUGAUGCCAUGAAAAUUGUUUGUCCAAAAUAUGAUGAAUUAGAAAAGUUGGAGCCAGGUUUUGAAUUCAAAACCAAAACUUUUCUAACCAAACAAGAUUGUAAGAAAUAUGAACACAAACUAAAGGAACUUUUUAUUAGAUGGAUAAGAACUGGAAAAACUACUUUGGCAGAAAAGGUAAUAAUUAACCUUAAGGGAACAAGUCAAAAGCAGCAAAAUUUUUCAUUCAAUGCAUCCAAUAUAAGUAAAGAAAACGAACGCCAUAUUAAACAGUAUAUUCUUCCUCUACUUGACAAAAUGAAAAACAAAGGAAAAUUCCCAGCUAUUUUUUUUUGCUAUAACCGCAGCUUAUGUGAAGAUUUGGUCUCUUAUGUUGCAAAAGAGUUGAAAACUAAAGAAGAUGCAUAUAAACAGUCGAAGUCAAUGAAAGUUGCUGAAAAAAUGAAGAAACCAAAAGUAAAGAAAAUUAAACGUAUAAGAGAUAAAGAGAAAGAACUGAAAGCUGCUUCAUCCUGUAAUGAUGCUAGUGAAAGGUCAAACUCUAUUGAAGAUCUAGUUGCUGAAACAUUUGAAAAUGAAAAAGUGAAUUUUCUUUUUGAAAAUAAACCUUUGCAAGAUUUCACUUAUGCAAACUAUGGUGUUAUAGAUCGAAAAGAAACCCAAUUUCUACAUGACAGGCUCUGUAAAGCAUUUGAUAAAAAAGACGUGAAACAUUUUAGUAGCAGUCUUUGUAGAGGCAUAUCUUACCAUCAUGGUGGAGUUGAUAUCAAACGUAGAAGAACUGUUGAGAUGUUGUUUCGAAAUAAAUUUCUUAACAUUGUCAUUGCUACAGGAACGCUUGCAUUAGGAAUACACAUGCCUUGUAAAACUGUUGUAUUUCUUGGAGACAGUGAGUAUCUUACUCCAUUAAAUUACUGUCAGAUGUCAGGACGAGCAGGAAGAAGAGGGUUUGACCUUAAAGGAGAAGUUAUUUUCUUUGGAGUGCCACCUGACAAAGUAGUACAAUUAAUAACAGCUGAUUUGCCAAAGCUUAUUGGAAACUUUCCUGUUUCUGUGACACUUGUGUUACGGCUUCUGUUACUCGUUGCUAGAAGUGAAGAUAAACAGGAUGCAUUAAACAGAGCUCACAACCUGCUGAAGCAUCCACUCAUUUGUCAGAACCAACCACAGCUGAACAAACAGCUUAAACAACAUUUCAUGUAUUCUGUACAGUUUUUGUUAAGGGAG